AUGUCUCAAGAAAGUAGCAGACAAAGUGUCUCUUCUGCGGAAGAAACCUCUGAUAAUAAUUUCACUAACCAUGCGCAUGCAAUUCACGUAAGGAAUGCGCCUUCUGUUCUAUCAAAGGAGGCGCCUCCAGAGAGUUAUCGUGGUUUUUUGAAUUUAGCAAUGCUAAUUCUUGCAGCGAAUAACCUUCGAUUAAUUAUCGAAAACUUUUUAAAGUAUGGUUUCUUAUUAUCUACACCUGGAACGAUUGCGGCGCCUUAUGAUUACACAUGUUUAAUGAUUUGCUUUCUUGUCUUACCGCUACACAUUAUCUUCGCAUUCUACAUCGAGAAAAUUACAAUUCGCCCAUUCCUAAACGAAAUUAAACUCGCAAAGAAAGAAGGAAAAGAGCCAACUAUCACCCCAAAAAUAAAAUCCAUCAACAAACGAGCUGGAAUACUACACACCGUCAACAUCACUUUCAUUCUGCUAUUCCCGUCCGCAGUGUCCUACUUUAUCAUAUUUCACCCAUUUCUUGGCUCAAUCGCGUUGUUUAACGGACUCGCACUCUUCUUCAAACUAAUCUCCUACGCGUUUGUUAAUCGUGACCUUCGUCUGUCGCAAUUAAUCGGCGGUAUCUCAUCUUCAUCAAAAGAAGAAACGAAAAUUCCAAUUAUCGAUGUUUACUCGGUUCAAUAUCCGAAUAAUAUCACGUUGAAGGAUUUAUUUUAUUUCUGGUUUGCCCCAACUUUAUGUUACCAGCCUUCUUAUCCACGAUCGCCUGAUCGAUUCCGACCUGGAUUCUUUUUGAAGCGUUGUGGUGAGAUUGCGAUCGCGUGUACGAUGAUGUAUUUUUUGGUUGAACAAUAUGCGAAUCCUACUUUGCGCAACAGUUUAAGGGCGAUAGACGAGCUUUCAUUAGUGAGCAUCGUGGAGAGAGUACUUAAAUUGAGUACAAUCAGCUUGGCAAUUUGGCUGUUGAUGUUUUACGCUGUAUUUCACAGCACAUUGAAUCUACUUGCUGAAGUACUUCGAUUUGGUGAUCGAUCCUUUUAUCUUGCUUGGUGGAAUUCUGGUUCUUUGGGCACUUAUUGGCGUCUUUGGAAUCGACCGGUAUAUCAAUGGUUUAAACGACACGUCUAUCUUCCAUUGGUGGAUAAUGGUGUGUCCCCAAGAGUGGCAUCAUUUAUCGUCUUUACAUUAUCUGCUGCAUUCCAUGAAUUCUUGAUUGGUAUUCCAACUCAUUCGCUUAAGGGGUUUGCUUUUGUAGGCAUGAUGUCACAAAUACCUUUGAUAGAAAUGACCAAGCCGUUGGAAAAAUGGAGAGGAAAAGGAAGCACGUUCGGAAAUGUGAUUUUCUGGAUGAGUUUUUGUUUGGUGGGACAACCUGCGGCUAUUUUAUUGUAUUAUUAUCAGUGGAAUAUGACGCAUCAAAUUUAA